AUGGCAAGCCGUAAUGUGGGACGAGGCACAUCGAGGCGCUCUCCCAGGAUCAGCGGCAGAUCCGAGGCUCCCGACGCCUUCCGCGUCGCGACUCCUUCGCGCAGAGCACUCUCGCCUGAGCUUGUCGAGCAAAUGACGCCGCCUGCUGCCUCGCUCCGCACCCGCCAACUUCUCUCAAACCUUCAAGCCGCGGCAAGUGGAUCCAACAGCAACAGCAUCAGCAUCAAGCAGGAGGACUCCAGCACUAAAUACUACGUCCGCGAGCCUUCCUACCAGCCCUCCCUUCUCCGCGGCGAUCAGCGCAGCUUCAAUGACACUCGCGAUGCCAACCAUUCGCAUAGCGCUUCCCUCUCGCUCUUUUCCAGCGAAGGCGAUCUGAGCGAUAACUACCAGCAGGAAGAGCAAGAAGCCGCACACUUCCAACGGGCUCAGCAGGCUCAGCAGCAUAUACCCGAAUCUCGCGCUGUCGUCUCGCGUCGGUCCUCGGGACAGCGCAAAGCUCGAACGUCCAAGGACAACUUGCCCUACAGGCCACAAAGCGAUGACGAUGACGAUGACGACGAUCAGGUUGCCUCGCCCACAAGAAGGGCUAGAAGAGGGAGAAACUCGAAUUCAAACUCGCUUACUGCUUAUGACCUGGGACGCAUCGAUAAUGUCCGGUGGAUGAACGCCAAAUCGAAGAAGGGUCGGCGCAAGAAGGGUGUCAAUGGCGUUUCAUACGAUGAUGGCGAGGAGGACGAUAGCAGGGAGAACAAUGCGGACGACGAUGCGAGAGCGGCUAGCGGCAAAGAGACACGAUUCGACGAUGCAUCCGACUCAGCCGAUUCGGAGCAAGAGCAAGAACAGCAUCACUUCUACGUCGACGAUGACGUUGCUCAGGACCACUUCUUUGUUGCUCCUACCCCUCCGCCACAUAAGCAGCGACAGCCAGCACAAUCUGAUGAGCCCCGUGAGCCUCCCGUAAGGACUCGCGUGGGCCGUUUUCUUCGCGGAUUGGGAUCCUUCCUAUGGCGCCUUGUGGUCUUCUCUUUGACCUGGGUGCUGAAGCUUCCCAAGAUCGCCUGGGACAAAAUCGGAUCAGAGUUGCCUCAUGUCACCACAAAUCGCGCUUUUGCAGUUCUUGCUGGCCUCCUCUUUGCUGCGGCCGCCUUUCAAGCUUCUCAGCUCUUUGGAAGGUCCGGUGGCCUUUCGGAUCGUUUCCCUAUGCUCCUCGAUGAUGACGUCCCCGGCAGCAACAGUGGCAUCGGCAGCAAUGUCCACUCGUUGGCACUCUCGCUGGACCGAGAGAAUCAGCGACUGCGCGCCGAGCUCAAUCGUCUCACCGCCCGUCUCGACUCGCUGUCUGCUUCGAUCGACUCGCAGAUCUCUUCCUCGCUCUCCUCGGCUGCAUCCAAGAUCCAGGCGGAAGCCGAAUCGCGCCAAUCGACCGAGAUCAAUCGGAUCACCGCGUCAACCAAGCGUACCAUCGCACGCUUAGCACAAGACGAGUUGAAAUCGAUUCAAGAGUCGGUUUCAAAUUCAGUCGAGCUCAUGCUGCGCGAUUUGGACAAGAAGACCAACAUGCAGCUGAAGCAGCGUGCCGAUGAUACCGAGGGCAAGUUCUUCAACAAGCUCGAAAAGGAAGUGGCGAGCAUUGCAAAGUAUGCCAAUGACGAAGUGAACGCGAGAUUGGGCCAGGCGUUUGAUCGGACGUUUUUGAGCGAGCUGAUCGACGGAAAAUUGGAACAGUACUCGCGUGAUCGCACGGGGAGGGUGGAUUGGGCUGCUGUCACGAGUGGAGCUUGGGUCGCGGAGGAAGGGACGGUGCAUCGAGGAUUUCGGUUCAACAGCGUUUGGAAUGUCGGUCAGUUCCUGGCGCAGGGCAGGAAGGUGCCGAUUGGGGAUCCGGUGAAAGCCAUUACGCCCGGUGCAGGUUUAGGUGCGGACAAUUGCUGGAUGACCGGCUGGAACUCGCUGUUACAGGUCCAACUUGCCGAGCCUAAAGUGAUCGACCAGUUGGUGGUCGAACAUCCUCUCCCUGGAAUGACCCGCACUGCUCCGCGACGUAUCGUCGUUUGGGCACACGUCGACGAAUCCGACCGCAAAUACUAUCUCCAAUACCGCCGUAGCAAAGCCAAGACGCAGCAAGAGUACCUUGGUGCCAUCCUCCCGCAACCUCUGUUGGAUGCUGUACCUCAAGAGUAUCGCGCGGAGGAGAGCGCGCCCAUGAUCCUGGCGCACUUCGAGUUCAAAGCCAACGGGUCGACGUUGCAAACGUUCAACUUGACCGAGGAGGCUCAGGUGUAUCCGUUUGGCGUACAUGCGGUGAGGUGGCAGUUCGUCGACGGUUGGGCCAAGAGCCCUCCCAUCUGCGUGCAUAGGGUUAGAGUGCACGGCUCGCGUUGGCCUGUCCUUGGCGAAAAGGGUGCAUAG